AUGCAUCUCGACAAAGGUUUACAUGAAGAAGAUUCUGACGAUGACAAGGAUGACCCUUGCCUUAUCUUCUGGCUUAUUUCUCUUCAAGUUCAAUAUAAUAAUGACCUUCCUUACGUCAGAAAAUAUCUUUUAUUCCAUAGAGCUCUAUAUACUGAAAAAAUGGAUAUUCAGUUUACUCUCUACGAAAGAUCGACUUCUGAUUAUCCUGUUACACCAAUCAGCCCAUCUACAGCUCUUUUUGUUGAUCACUCAUUUGAGAGUCCCCUUCCUGCCAAUCUGAGUUCCCAUGAUGUAAAUCAUUUGGAUAGCUCCCUUGAAAAUACGGGUUCUUCAGAUAAUUUUUUUGGUGAUAUUAUUACUCCGACUAUUAAUUGGAAUAAUUAUCUUGAUCCCAAUGUUAAUGAAGAUGAAUUAAUUGAGGAUGACCUAAAAAUGGAUGAAUUUUUGGACUCAGUGUAUGCUGCAUUUGGUCUUCCUUCGGUUUUAUCAACUAUUUCUUCUUCUUCUUUCUCGGUUUUAGUUUCUUAUGAUGAUACGAGUUUGAUAUUUUUAUCCGAUUCGGAUGAUGAAUUUUCAGAUUCUGAUGAUGAAUCUUCUUUCCUGCCUUUUGAUGAUGAAACUUUAUUGUAUUAUGAAACUGAAUGGAUAGAGUUAUUUUUCCGUUCAGUUUGUUUUUCCUUUAUUCCGCUUUAUUUACGGCCUCCCUUUAUUAAUUUGGAUUUGACUGAAAUCUCUUCGAAACAACUUCCUGCUUCUUUGCCUCCGCUCUCCUUCCUCGACUUAAGGGUCACUCAUGGACGUUGGUUAUUUUGGAAACUUUUUGUACGAUUUUCAGGUUUUGGAGCGGUCUUAGUUCCUCCUUCUUUUUCGUCUGCAGAUUUUAAAUUUUAUGAUAGACUGUAUCGUCUUCAUCCUUCCAUUUAUGAUCAAAUAGCUCGCUUUACGUGUUUAUUUGAAAUAUAUGCUGGACUUUUUCUAAUAUGCGUUACUCUUCCUUAG